GAACUUUGUCUGUUCCUAUCAAUCUUCACAAGACGAUGUCUCGUCGUUCGCUUUCCCUCUUGAGUUCGUUGCUCUUUGUUCUGUUGCUCUUUACUCCCACCAUCCUCGCGGACAGUGAGCAGCAGUUCCAAGAACUCGCAAGGGACGUCCCGCAGGACAGACUCCAUGCAGCCCUUCACGACUACAAUGGGGCUAAGUUCAAGCAUGUCAAAUUGGCGAAACGACAAUCAAAUACCACAACCACGAGCUCCCCCCCCAGCACCCCUCCCACUACCACUGCCCUCUCAGUCACUCCCACCUCUAGACCUUCGUCGGCUAGUCCGACAACGCGUCCGCCGACAACCACCCCCGAGCCAGCCACUACAGCACCCUCUGCCGCCCCCAAAAGAGGAACUACUUCCCUCACCUCAAGACUCACCAGGACCGUCACUGGUCCCGAUGGCGUAGCCACUUUCACGGAUGUCACCGUUGUUGUUGCUACGCCCACUGAUGAGGCCGCUGCCGCACCAGAGGAGACCUCAUCAUCGACUGCGCCCCCUGGUUCGCCCGGGCUUCAGAACGUUGGAUUGAGGGUUAGUGGAGGAGAUAGUGCGAUUGUAGCUGUUAUUGCUGCAUUGGGCUUCUUCAUGCUAUGAGGUGUUUAUGUGGUGAAAUGGGCAUGGCUUUCUUUCGAUUCUAACGGCCCAUGAGCAUUAUAUUUUUCUCUUCAUCUUUCGUACGGAUCUCCUCCCCUUCUCUUGUGAGGCGGAAGUUCUUUCGUUGAGAUGGAACGGCUAGAAUCUGGAGCCGGGGUACGUCCGGGAUAAUUGAGUUUAGAGGGGAAGGGUGGAUUAUCGGCCAUCCUUGCAGCAGAUUGUUUUGCAUUGCGGUUACUCAUUUGUACUCUUUUUUUCUUGCUGUUCUUUACUAUUCCUCCCUUUAGUAUGCAUUUCUGGGUUGGACAUCUCUUACUAUAAUGUCUUUUUUCUGCACAUAAAGGCUCUGCUUCACGGUGUUUGUUUUAGCCAUAUCAUACGUUUGAGGUGGUGUUUUUUUUCCCCCCCCUCAUGCUUUAGGAUUCAAUUUAAAAGCAACAAAACAUUGAAUAA